CAAAAUGUGUGUGCUGGCCAAAGAUAAGGGAGGUCUGAGCUAGGUGGUAAUUUCAGAUUUUGCUUUGCAGUUAGCCGUCAAUUUACGACUAUGCAGGUAGUCCUUGACUUACAACAGUUCGUUUAGUGACCGUUCAAAGUUACAAUGGCAUUGAAAAACGUGACUGGUCGCAAAAGGAGAUCGCAUGACCUCCGGGGACACUGCAGCGGUCAUAAACAACAUGGUGAUGAGCUUCCGGGUCUCCGACUUGCAGAUGUUGCUUGGAUUUGUGGGCCGGAGCAAAAGCGGACUCAAACACGAACUGGUAACACGGGCUUUGCAACUGGUCCAGUUUGACUGUAGCCCGGAACUCUUCAAGAAGAUAAAAGAGAUCUAUGAGACUCGAUACGCCAAGAUCUCCGAACCGGGACAAACCCCCCAGCAGCAGGCGCUCCCACCGCCCCCACAGCACCGACCUCCUUCCGAAACCCUUUCCAUCCAUUCGUCUUACGACCGCAACAAUACAGUAACCAGGACUGGUCUUUCUACUACCCCCAACAUAGACUAUCCCUCGCUCUACGGAAAGUAUUUAAACGGACUUGGACGGUUGCCGGUCAAACCAGUGAAGCCCGAAGUCCGAUUGGUGAAGCUUCCCUUCUACACUAUCCUGGAUGAACUGUUGAAGCCCACGGAACUCGUCCCGCAGAACAACGAGAAACUUCAAGAGAGCCCUUGCGUGUUUGCCCUGACGCCACGACAGGUCGAGCUGAUCAGGAAUUCCAGGGAGUUGCAGCCGGGCGUGAGAUCAGUCCAGGUUGUCCUCAGAAUCUGCUACACAGAUACCAGCUGCCCUCAGGAAGAUCAAUAUCCCCCGAAUAUCGCCGUCAAAGUCAACCACAGUUAUUGUUCGGUUCCGGGCUACUACCCUUCCAACAAGCCCGGGGUAGAGCCAAAGAGGCCAUGUCGUCCCAUCAACCUUACUCAUCUCAUGUACUUGUCUUCCGCCACCAACCGCAUCACCAUCAUCUGGGGGAAUUACGGGAAGAGUUACUCCGUGGGCCUCUUCCUGGUGCGACAGACAACGUCGUCAGAAUUGUUACAGCGAUUAAAAACCAUCGGCAUUAAACACCCAGAACUUUGCAAGGCUCUCGUCAAAGAGAAGUUGCGGCUGGAUCCAGAGAGCGAGAUCGCCACCACUGGCGUCCGAGUAUCUUUAAUAUGCCCGCUGGUAAAGAUGCGCCUGUCGGUACCGUGUCGGGCGGAAACGUGUGCCCACCUCCAGUGCUUCGAUGCAGUUUUCUACCUGCAGAUGAACGAGAAGAAACCCACGUGGAUGUGUCCGGUGUGUGACAAACCAGCCACAUAUGAUCAGCUGAUGAUCGAUGGGCUCCUGUCGAAGAUCUUAAAGGAAUGUGAAGAUGCAGACGAGAUAGAGUACUUGGUGGAUGGCUCCUGGCGCCCGAUCAAAGCAGAGAAGGAGAGAAGCUACAGCCCUCAGUGUCCGAUACUCGUCGUAGGCGGAUCCACAGGGGGCACGUCGGACGUCAACGGGGCGCCCCCUCCCGCCCCCAGCGUGGAGAACGGUAAGAUCCCGGCCGACGUGGUUGAUUUGACACUGGACAGCUCGUCCUCGGAAGAUGAGGAAGAGGAGGAGGAGGAAGACGACAACGGUGGCGGACCCAAGAGGAAAAUCCCUCGCUUGUACAAGAACGGCCUCGCCUCCGCCUGCUGACCGCCGGCAGCACCGGGUCACCUCCAUGUGGGAAAGCUUGAAUUCCUCGGUGCUUACUCAGAUAAACGGGACAGGGCGCGGUAUCUUAUCCCCCCACCCACCCACCCGACCUUUCACCUUCUCCUCCUCCAAAGCAUCCUUGGACUUCCCGAUUAUUCCAAGUUAAAAAAAAAAAUGACUUUGUUUUUAUCGGAAACAAACAGACCCAUCUGGAUGAGCGCUGAUGCAUGGCUGAAAAGACCCCCCUCCGACCACCAUCACCUUGCAACCUAACGCCUCUUCGUCUCUCCGCCUUUGGCUCAGCUUUUGAACCGCCUUUGGAUGUGACUGGGAGUGGCCGGGUGGGGUGGGGUGGGGGGGCGCCUGUCCUGCACGCAACCCUUUGGGAAUGACCACCGACUCUCUCUCUCUCUCUUUUCUUCCCGAGCAUCCGUUGUCGUUCUCCUCCCCAAUGGCCCUUGCUUUCUGGUUAAACCUGGCUGGUGAGAACUGAUUCCGCUACCAGCCAGUUGCCAGGACUUUUCACGGGUGUCCAAAGUCACAUUUAUGUCUUUUUCUUCUUUUUUCUUCUUCUUCUUUGUGUUCCAUCACCUUGUUCGACAACCAUUCCUGACUCUUUCUCUCUCUCUUUUUUUUGCUCUCUCUCUCCCCCCCCAUCCCCCCCAAAAACCCCAUCCCACCGGACCAGGUGGAGGGGUGUUGCUUCUUCUCAUCCUUAAGUCAGCUGGAAAGGUUUAUAAAAAAAAAACCCAGCGAGAGAGAUUCAGGUUUUUCUGAUACCCGUCGGGAUGGAAGGUAACGGGGCUGGUGGGAACCGAAAGGAGACGGAAGGAUGGGAAGGGGAGAGAAACCUACCACGGAUGUUUCCGCACCGAAUCGUCUCGGCGGGUCUCCCUUUUUCCAGAGAGAACCUCAUGUAAAGAAAGGAAAAAAAAAACAACCAACCGGAACUCGUUUUUUUUUCCUUUUCUUUUUUAGCCUCUUACGAAAAUAUCAUAGAAUUCUAGCAUAGCGACGAGCAACUGUUUAUUAUUAUUAUUAUUAUUAUUUUUUAAGUUGAACAGAAGCCAUUUGGGUAGGUGGGCGGGUGGGGUGGAAAACGCAGAAGAGGAGAGUUGGAAACCAGGUUGCGGGGAGGGGUGGGGAACACGGGUGUUGCCGAACGAGGGGAAGGGCUCGAACCACAAAUCUGUUGUCGUCGGGUUUUUGUUCCCCUUUGGUAUUUUUGUUUUUUUCUUUUCCUUUUUCUUUUUUUCGAAGUGCAAUAACUCGGUGUGUUUUGGAAGACAGAAAAAAAAAAUAGGACGGGCCCGCCCUCCCGUUGGCCGGGCACGGCGAGAGGGUCUGGUUGCCCUCUCGGGGGUGAGGACGGACGAGCGAGGUGGGCCUUCCGGACAAAAAUGCCAGGUGGAGGAACUCUCUCACUCUCUUUCUCUCUCUCUCUCUCUCUCUCUCUCUCUUUUUUGGUUUCUAGCCAACUACCUCGGUUUUAAAAAAGAAAAAAGAAAAAUAGAAAUAAAAAAAAUUCAGGUGUAGGUCAGUCACGGACAAAAAACACCACACCACACGGUGCGGAGCCAAGCUAGGGUUGGCUGGGGUGGGGUUGGGGGGGAGGGACACGGCAUGCCAGUGACUGUCUUUGCUUUUUUUUUUUUUGUUUUUUAAAUUGCCUCUGGACUUCCAGCUGUUUUGAUACUUGUGUGUCUCAUCCUGCUUGUGUGUCUCUCCCCCCCCCCCUUGUGUGUUUGCGAGCCUUUGGAGACAUCCCUUCUCCGCCUGGCCUGGUGAAAGAGGAGCACCUCCCCUGUUGAACACCUCCCUCCUCCUCCAACAAAUGGUAUCCCCAUUGGCUCCUCUAGCAAGGGGGUGGAUCUCCCCCCCCCCACUUCCCCAGGGUGGUAGGGGGCCAAACAGAGGAACGCAGAGCUUGCUCCCUCUGCAAAGCUGAACCCGGCAAUGAUUUUGGUCUGGCCCCUCAUUUCUGCAGUUUUUUUAUUUCUCUUUUUUUUUCUUUUUUGGUGGUCUGGUUUUGUCCCUCUCUCUCUGUAAUGUUUUUUUUAUUCCGCGUCCAGUCAUCUCCCUAUUUCCUUUGUUUGUGGGGUGGGGGUGGGGGCUGUCUCCUCUUCCUCGCCCCAGUGGGGGGAAAAACGUGUAUUGUCUCACUUGGUUUUAACCCGCCCUUGAGAUGCAUUUUGGUAGGAGAAAUGCAUCU